UCUCUCGCUUCCUCAGACGAAACGAUUGCCAGAAAUGGUUAAUAAUCAAGUGAAGGGGAUCUCUGAUAAAACUUAGUGAUCGGACUUUGAUGGAAUACAAAAAAUACUGUGUAAAACAAGUUACCAAAAAUUAUUUUAGAUUGCCCAACAGGCUUACCGUGCGAGUGCUAUUUGAAAAUAUGUUAACCCUGCGAUUUUGUGUGCCGCGCGAGCAAGGACAAGAUAUCGCUGCAGUUCGUGUCAAGGCGUAUACGCGAUAUUAACGGGAGCAGCAGCCGGAAUCCGGCGAGGCAGCAGGGAUAAAUUUGCACAGGCUCCAGCGGCCCAGCGCCGCCAGUCGCCCAAUGUGACCCAGUUAAGGCCAAAGGACUUUAGCUGGCCAAGGACCGCGAACCAAGGAACCGAAUCGCGGAAGGCGAAACACGAUACGCGUUACACGAUACGCGGAACUCGGGACGAUCCCAGAAAACAGACCGACGCGGAGCAAGGAUUAUCAAUUUACUUGGCACUUUAAUGGAGUUGGAUGCCAGGAUGCCGCGACGCCUGAUCCGCACCGAGGUCCUCCGGCUGGCCCAGCUCCUUCUCAUCCUCCUCCUCAUCUGCCUGCCGGCCAUCAGAGGGCAGGCGGAGGAGACAUCAAUAUUAAACAGCAAAGGGACAAAUGGACGGGCAUUUCAAAGAACUCAAUCAAGGCGCGAGGCAUUAAUUCCGGCGACAACGCAAAUGGCCCGAAUGGCGAACAAAGCCAUCGCAUUUGGGGCAACAAUGGCUGCAGUUGCAGCCUCAAUUCGCCCCACCAACAAUGUGGCCAUUAAUAACAUUAGCCACAAUGGCGAUCAGCGGCUGACCGCUGCCCUCGAGGCGAAUCUGAUUAUGAGCAGUCGGAAUAUCCAGGAGCAGCACAGCUACAGAAUCACGCAUCACAACAAUGCCACAUCCCCGGCAGCCCCAGCAGCAGGAGCAGGAGCAGGAGCGGGAGCAGCAGCAGAUGCGUCAGCAAUAGGAGCCUCGGCAGUGGCAACAAUCGCAUUGAAUGCAACAACAGCAACGGAGGCCCACCUAACAACAGAACCGGCAACAACAACGACAACAACGCGACGCACCACCCGCCGCCCGGUGGCAACAACCACGCUGAAGCCACCGCCAACAAUAGAUGAUUACCAGACGAUAAUUAGCCAGGCCGGCACCCAUGCCUAUCUGCCAUGCAAUGUCAAGCAGCUGGUGAAGAAGCCGAUAUCCUGGCUGCGAAUGCGGGACGGCCACAUUCUCACCGUGGACCAGACCACCUUUAUCGCGGAUCAGCGCUUCCAGUCGGUCUUCUCGCCGAAUCCAGAGCGUUGGUCACUGCAGAUCAAAUAUGUGCAGCUCAAGGAUGAGGGGACCUACGAGUGCCAGGUGUCCACGGAGCCCAAGGCCAGUGCCAUUGUCCAUCUGCGGAUAGUCGAGCCCAAAACCGAAUUAAUUGGCGAGUCAACGCGACAUGUGAAGGCCGGAAGUCAAGUGAAAUUGCGUUGCAUAAUUAGCCAGGCUCUCGAGCCGCCGCUGUUCAUUAAUUGGUUUUACAAUCAGAAGCAAAUCUAUUUGCAUAAUCGCCGCGGUUGGCGUACGGAAAUUGAACGCAUCGAUCUGCCGCCGGAAGUGCCGACCACCACAACAACGACAACUUCUACAACGACAACCACAACGACGACCACGGAGGCGCCAACAACAAGCAGCUCGACAACAACAACAGCAGCAGGAUCAACAGCAUCAGCCGCACCCUCGGAGACAUCGGUUAAUGGUUUAGCAACCAUAACACGUUCAUAUAUUUUAGAUGCCAUAUCGCAGAACGAUGUAGCCGAGAUGGGGGUCGGAGUGGCUGUCAUCACCGAGACGACAAGCUCCCAGCUUACUGCCGAUGUGGAUGCCACAUCUUUGUUGCUGGCAACAACACAGCCCACAAUAUCCACUGCAGCCGGAGUAACAGCAACGGCGUCGUCGACAGGUGACUUCUCAACGGCAGGUGCAGCAACAACAACAACAGCAGCCAGUAGCAGCACCUGGGCAACGAGCACUGUGGCAGCAACGACAGCGGCACCUUCAACAACAACCUUGCUGCCAAGCAGCAGUUUCAUUAAACAGAUAACAACGGCUUCACUCAUCAUUCCGGCCGUAGUCAAACUGGAUUCCGGCAACUACACGUGCAGCCCCUCGAACAGUGCGCCUCGCACCAUUGUGCUCCAUGUGCUGAAUGGUGAAUACUCAGCUUCGGCCAUUAAGUCGGGCAGUGUCAGCUGGAGAGCGCUAAUUGGAUGUCACGGCUAUUUGCACUGGCGUAGCGUUACGGCGCUUCUGACACUUUUGUGGAUUAUUAAAUUUUCCCUGGCCAGAGGCAUCUGCCAGCCGGGUGUGAAGAGAGUAGCCUGCACCGAAAACAUCAUCGACACCGCCGCCGCCACAGCGAGGACAUCAAGGAGCUCAGGAUCUGGCGGUGCCAGAGAAGGUGGACCCAAAUCAAGGACGGUAUCUAUCCGAGUCAGCGGCUCAAUUAGUGCCACCAAAGUGGCCGAGGACAAGACUUGAGUUGUCCCCGGUCUGGCGCCAAAUAACUUGGAUUUUACGAUAUAAAGGAGGCUAUAAACUAAGAUUUUACUCGAUAUAAUUGCAUACUAACACAGAGACAGGCGGACGCUUAUCCACGGCAAAUAUUCAUUCUUGGAUAAACUUUAUAAGCGUGCUCUCCAAUUCAUACUUCAUUUCUUUCUGAGUGUCAGUGAGUGUUUAUUGUGAUUCUUCGGUUCAGGCAUAUCGCAUACUUUGAGGAUAACUCUGCAAGAAUUGUGUAAAUAGAAUGCACAGAAUUCUACAUCAAUUGGAAUCAGUCAUGGUUGUAUCAUACAUAAGUUAUCAAAGUAGUGAGCUAAUAAUAAUUGGAUUCCAGCUCAAAGUCGGAGAGUAAAUUGUCACAGGAAUUGCUAAUUAAUCGCGAUUUUACAAAAUAAACCCCAAAAUAGCUGCGCUCAUUAACACAACAUCGAUUCCCAUUAAUUUUCGGUUUCCUUAAGCUAUAAAUUGUAAAUAUGUAUGUAUAUCUUAUGAAUACCCCUGAUUUUCUAAGACUUAAAAUAAUCUUUACGCAUAUAGAAUAAUGAUAAACGAAUACCGAAUAAAUGUGUAAAUAAGUGAGUGUUACUGCGUUCCAUUCAAAAUAAAUAACCCAAGCAAGCCAAAAACCUAAAUGUAAACUCUAGCUAGUAUAUAAAAGACUUACUACAAUUUUAGAUGCAGUCAGGCCGAGGAAAACCCCAGAAGAAAAGCCAAACUUAAUCAACUAAAUAAACAGAAUUGUAUGGAGUUGCUCCUACGUUGCGUAUACUUGAUUUGCAAUAUCAAAUUUUAAGGGAAUGCAAAUGAAAAAAAAAAAAAAUGAAAUCGAAAAUCUAUUGAAAUGAAAUAAAACAAAGUGUUUGCAAAUAAUU